AAAUAAAUUAUUCACCUUCAUCUCGACUUCCUCUUUCUCUCUCUGAUAAAAUCUGAUUCGGAUACAGAUAACAGGCAGAGUAUCUUCUCUUUGCUGUUCCCUUGUUUUGUUCUUCCCUUCUGUCCCUUUUUACUAUUUUUAAUAUUCCAUGGCCUACAUAUUUUAGUACUUUAUUUGCUAUACGAGUGAAAUAGAACAGCUAAGAAAGGGGGAAAAAAAAGAAGGAAAAAAAAAAAAAAAGAAGAGAGAAAACAGGAGAAGAAGCGAUCAAACAACUUGAUCGUUUUCAAUCUCUAUGGAACAGCUCGUCAACUUCAUAAUACGGCCUCCCAGGGCUGAGUACAAUCCAAAACAUGACCUGUUGGAUCAAGAGUUUAUGCUGAAAAGGAAAUGGUACCAGAGAAAGGAUUUGGAGAUUAAAAAUAGCCAGGGAGAUACUCUUCAGUGCAGUCAUUACUUACCCAUUGUUAGUCCUGGAGGAAAGCCACUGCCGUGCGUAAUAUAUUGUCAUGGAAACAGUGGGUGCAGGGCUGAUGCGAGUGAAGCUGCUAUUAUACUGCUGCCUUCAAAUAUUACAGUUUUCACUCUUGAUUUCUCAGGAUCUGGAAUUUCUGGAGGAGAGCAUGUCACUCUGGGGUGGAAUGAAAAAGAUGACCUCAGGGCUGUGGUUGAUUAUCUGCGGCAAGAUGGAAAUGUCUCUUUGAUUGGCUUAUGGGGCCGUUCAAUGGGUGCUGUCACCAGCCUGAUGUAUGGAGCUGAAGAUCCCUCAAUUGCAGGAAUUGUUCUUGACAGUCCCUUUUCUGAUUUGGUUGACCUGAUGAUGGAACUUGUGGAUACAUACAAAUUCCGUUUCCCCAAAUUCACUGUGAAGUUUGCAAUACAAUAUAUGCGAAAAGCUGUACAGAAAAGGGCAAAGUUUGACAUAAUGGACCUGAACACUAUCAAGGUGGCAAAGGCUUGCUUUGUUCCGGCUUUAUUUGGGCAUGCCAUUGAUGAUGAUUUUAUACAACCUCAUCACUCAGAUCGUAUAUUUGAAGCUUAUGUUGGAGACAAGAAUAUUAUCAAGUUUGAAGGAGAUCACAAUUCUCCACGCCCACAAUUCUACUUUGAUUCCAUAAAUAUUUUUUUCCACAAUGUUUUGCGUCCUCCAGAGGAUGAGGUGGGGGGAACAUAUUUUGACACAAUGCAUGAUUACUGUGGUAAGGGUAGUGGGAGCACUGUGCAAGUAGGCAAUAACCUGGAAUUUUCAGUUGCUUCUAAAGUUGCAGAACCAUCAACAAGCAAUGGAAAAGAUUUCCAUGCCCUUGAACAAGUUUGUCCCAAAAGACCAAUGAGUCGAACAGAGGUUCCAUCCGAUAUUCCAUCUGAGUGCAAUCAAUCUGAAGUUGAGGGUGGAGAAAUUGAUGACGAUCAUUUGCCAUCAUCAUCCAAAAUGAUAAGCUUUGAAUUAUCCAAUGGUCAUCCUUACGGUCCACAUGUUCCAACAACGAUGGAUGAUGAUCAAUAUGUGGAGUAUCAACUGGAUGACUUGGCAGGUUUUCCAUGUGAUGUAGAGGAGGAAGAAAGGAUGUUCAUGGAAGCAGUAAUUGCAUCAUUAAAGGACUUGGAGAUGAGAUAUCCUAAUGCUGAAGAACAACAGGCAAAUGUCAACCCCACUUCCGUUGAAUCUUCACAGAAACAUUACGUAGAUGCAUCUUCCAUUGCAGAACAUUGUGAUUCUUUGAAGACAGUAGAGCAACAUGAGCCUUCAAAGAUAGGACCUGCUUCCUCUCCAGCAAUCAAUGGUGAAAAUUCAGCAAUAGAACACCCAUCACCUGAUCCUACUGUGUCAUCCACGGGACCAGCAUUUGACACCUCACCAUCUAUGACGGAAUCAAGAAGCACAACCACCUCUGGCCGUAGUGAUACUUCAGGGAGCAUCCAGAGCUCAAUAGAUACUGACUUGUCAAGUAACACAAAAGCCACAUUGACAGUAGAACGGAACCCAGCAAGCCACAUUAUGGAUGGUUUGCUGCGCCGUUGGGAUUUCAGCUUGUUCUCAAACAAUCGAUGAAAAAUUAGAACUUCUAUUUUUUUGGGAUUUGACAACCCGGUGAUGAUUUGUUUUUAAGUUAAAAUAGCAGCAAUGAUUUUAUUACUGUAAAAUACACGAAAUGAAAGGGAAAUAGGCUCAUUGAAUGUUUUUAGAGUUGAUUGUGUUGAUUUUUAUCUGAUACAAAUCAUUUGUACUGUUCAUUUGAUAACAGGUUUGUAGUUAUUCUUCUACCCACAAUUAAGGAAACAAACUUUUGAUUGCUA